AUGUUAGAUGUUCAGAAGUUGGGUUGUCUAAUUGUUCGUCAUCUCUGUGAUCAUGCUUUUCUGGCAAACACCAUUGUCUCAAAUAAGAGCGCUAGUGUUCUUGGCAUUGCACUGAAAAACUUCAAGGACAACGAAGCAGUGCUCAAAGAAGUAUGUUGUACCAUUUUACAGCUAGCAUAUAAUGCGGAAUCCAUCGCCAUGCCACUUUUUCAUCAUCAUGUAGUCACUAACCUGUUCAAUGUCAUGGAAUGGGGGCCAGACGAUCUUUUCGAAACUGCAUCUGAAUGUGUUUAUGUUCUUGGUGUGAUUUGGAAGCUAAGCAAUAAAAUGCUGUACUCAGCAGUUGAGGAGGGGCAUCUAAAAGCUAUUGGUGUUUUGUUAGAGAUUGGUGCUGAUGCUAGUAUAGGAGGCAGCAAGUCUGCUUUUUGCCGUGCUUGCAGCAAAGGAGAUUAUCGAGCUGUUCAAGUGAUGCUGCGAAAGGGUGUUAGUGAGGUUGAACCAGGAUUGGAUAAAGCGAAAGAAAACAACCAUCAUUGGGUUGUAGGCCUUCUGCUAGAUCAUUCAUUUUCGAAACUGGGUUGCAUUGAAUGGGGCAGUUUAGGUCUUGGGAGACUGAACCCUUAUUGGUUGUAUAAGUCAUUUCACCUUCAACAUCCAGACUUUCCAUACACACCAGAGAAUGAUCUAGAUGGGGAUAAAUUACAGCAAGAGUUCAAGGGGCGUUUACAGUCUCUCGUAACAUCAGAAUCAAUUGAGAAUAUGUUACCACACUCAUGGACAGAAUUUGGUAAUUUGGGUGGUUCAGUUGACAGGGAACUGUCAAUUGAUGACUAUUCAGACGACAGUACUUUGUCACUCAGCACUAGCAGAGGUGCAUCAGAACUUAAUGAAGCUCGUCUUGAUAUCUCUACUGAAGCUAGCAAUAUUGGUUCAAUUGCUGAUUUGAGUUUUAAGAACACAUUGUCGUAUUCGAUGGAUGUAGGUGAAGAUUUUAGUGCUGUAACAGAUUCCAGGGAACAUACAUUUGAUAGGAAUUGCAAGUCAUUUGCUAGGGAGCAAGAUGCUGAUCAGUUAUGCCAGAAUAGAUCACCAAGAUCUAGUUUUUCUAUGACAAGAGCAUCAGUGGUACAGGGCACUUCUUUGGCAACUAUCCCUGACACAGAGGAUGAAGAAAAUGAAGAGGUACAUAAGAAAACAAGUAAUGUUAGCUACAUAAGUUGUGGCAGUGAAACAUCUGCAGCUGGACUUCCGAUAAGGAAAUCGGCCAGUAUGGCAUCAACUGCAUCGACAACUUCACUGAGUAGUGCCACUGAUCAGAAACGUCGAAAAACUGAACCAAACCAACUACCACCAUCGUUGCAGAUUUGCUGUGUUGUAGGCACAUCUUCUGUAGAUCUGCAAGAAGUGAAUACGUUAGCUGAAGCUAAAGUGAUACUAAAGGUAGUAGCACAAGAAAUGAAAUUUCAAGAACAAAGCAAGAUUCACUCAUACCAGCGUUCUAAACUUGUUUCAAAGUUUUUUAAAGAUGACCAACAACGCAGUGUCAUCUCUCUCCAUAAGCCGAGACGUGCAAGUCGUUUUGACUCUAGAGGAUUUCCUCUUGAACCUUUGAAUGUGGAUGUAGAUAUAGCAAGACAUCCAGACAUGAAAAAGGGGAGACGCAGGAGUUGUUUUGGAACAAUGACAGGAGCUAGCCUUCCUGUCGCUACUGAAAUUACAAAACCAGAAUCAAUUGAUAGGCCAUUCAGCUCUAUAGGUGCAGUAUUUAGGCAACUUAUCAGAAGAAAAGAAUCAUUUGAAAUGCAUGGUUCUCCUAACGAUGAUGUGGAUGACCCUUUUGUGCAAAUAUUGACUCCUUUGUGUGGAUUGGGUCAAGCACAAGGAUCUAGAGCUUUAUGCGGACAGUCUUCACGUUCCUCUCCCGCCGACUCAAGGUUUUCGUUUGAACCUCAAGCCAUUGGGAGAAAAAGGGCAGUAAGGAAUUCACAUUUUUCAGCGUCAUCUGACAGUGAGGAUGAGACUGAAAGCAGAGGCCCAGCUACCCCUGCUCUUCUCAUGUCCAAAAGGACAUCAACUAUAGAUACUUGUUUUCAACCUAACUCUCAAUUAGUACAUUACAUUGAUGUGUCUGAUAAUGGAAUAGAAUCUGUGAGCGACUUCGCAAAGGCUGACACAAAAUUGCUGGAAAAACUUAACCACGUUGCUCAUCUUGAUUUAAGCCAAAACAAGUUGUCAGACAUUCCUGUAUUGCUUCACAAAUGGAUGUUGAAGCUGACACAUUUGAACAUUAAAGGCAACAAAUUCAACUGUUUACCCGGUUAUUUGCUUGCUUUUCCCCGAUUACAACAUUUACAAGCUUCUCAAAACAAGAUUAAAGAAAUUGUGUCACUACCUUACAUCGUUGGUAGUACCUCAUUGAAAACGUUAGACUUGUCGCACAAUGUCAUUAGGUUUUUUCCAGUAUCUGUUGCAAACAUAGCUGGCAAUCUCACUGAACUCAACCUGUCAAACAAUUCAAUUGCAGAAUUACCUCAAUGUUCUCUGGAGUUGUAUUGUCUUGAAUCAUUGGGUUUAGCAUACAAUGAAAUUGGAGAGAUUCCAGAACAGUUUCUAAAAGGAUGUAUAAGCUUGACAAAUCUUGAUCUUACUAAGAACUAUUUAGAGUAUCUUCCAUCGAAAGAGGUAGCUAAGGUCUUGGAAUCUUUGUCUCAACUGACACUGUCUCACAACCGAAUUGGUCACGAAGGAUUUCCUGAGUUUAUUUUGGCUCUGAAGAGUUUGCAAAGUUUGGAUAUGUCACACAAUAAACUGACAGUAUUGCCACCACCAGCUGAAUGGAAGACAAAAUGCUUGCAGACUUUGUUGCUGGCAGAAAAUCAAAUUUAUGAGGUGAAUUUCGGUUCUAAGAAUGACUUCUCAUGGUCAAAUCUCCAGAGGGUUGACUUGAAGAGUAACUGUUUGUCUUCGAUACCUGUUAGUGUUGGCCAUCUGACUAGUUUAGGGUCACUGGAUGUGAGCCAUAAUACAAAUAUUGUUGAACUACCACUGGAGAUUGGAAAAUUGUCACAGCUGUGGAAUCUGCCUUUGUAUGGUCUCAGAAUAUCAAAUAUUCCUUUUGAGGUGAGACGUGGUCGAACUUCUGAUUUGGUUCGAUGGCUUCGGCAGUCUUUGGACAACUCAGAAGACUAUUGCCAUGUUAGAAUGAUUGCAAUGGGUGGUCGAGGACAGGGCAAAACAACUGUUUUAAGUAAAAUAUUUGGACGAAACUUAGAAUUGAGUCAUCGUUUCUCUGGAGGAAUUGUUAUCAACACAUGGACUUUUCAAGACCUUGGCAAACAGAAACGGCCUGUGUGGCAUCGAAAUAAAACAGGAAAUGAUAAGUCAGAGCAUGUUGUCACUAGCUGGGAGCUUGUGAGCCAAAGGAAAUAUGCUGAUGCUCACCAGUGCUUUUUUGGUUCACAUGUUGUAUACCUGGUUGUAUAUGCACUGACAGGAAAUAAGUCUGAGUUGAAAGAAGUGGAAUCUUUUCUUUUGAACAUAGAAGCUCAUGCUCGCAACACUGUUGUAUUGGUCAUUGGCACUCAUCUUGAUUGUGUAACUAGAGAUUAUGCUGACCAAGUAUAUCAAGCUUUGGCAGGCUUGUUGCAAAAACCAGGAUUUCCUCACCAUGUACAGUUUGCCGAAGUUGAUGCACACAAUUUAUCAUCAGUCACUAAACUGCAGGAUCUUGUAAUGAGAACAAUAAAAGAUUCAAAGGAUGAGCAAAAUCAACCUCUUUUUAGUCGUAAAGUUCCUGCUAAGUAUAAGAAACUUGAGAAUUUGGUAAGAGAAGAAACAGACAGGUUUAAAACCAGCGGUGCUACUUUUCCUGUCAUAACACGAGUAAAUUUUGAUCGUUUACUGAUGAAAGCUAAUCUUGAAGUUGACCACCGCCUUCAGGCAGCACAAUUUCUUCAUGACAAUGGAGUGUUGGUCCACUUUGAAGACCCUUUUUGUAAUCUUGAUGAACUGUACAUUCUGAAUGCUGGCUGGCUAUGCGAUAUGGUUGCUAGAGUAGGGCAACUAAAGUCUGCACAAGGAGUUUAUGUUGUUGAUCAGAAUAGUUUGUCUUCUUUGUUUGAAGAGGAUUAUUGCCCUGUUGAAAACUUUCCUGCACUGUUGCGCAUUUUUGAAAGGUUUGGCAUUGCAUUUCGAUUUGAGGAUAAUCAAGUUUUAAUUCCUUCAUUGUUACCUGUAAAGAAGCCAAAGUUUGAUCUGCCUGUUGGAGCCAUGGUACAGCGACAAUACUUUUUGCCUUAUAUACCAGCACGCUUUUGGUCUCAUCUCAUUAGUCGAAUGAUUUUUUUUGCUCAAGACAUUAUUCAAGUAGUGAUGAGUUCAGAUAAGUUUCCUCUUGCUGACCCACAAGCUUGGAGAAAUGGCAUUUAUGUUUUGUGGAAUGAGAAAUCGUAUUUUGUUGUUGAAGAGCUUGAUGGAAAUGUGUUUGAUGUGUGCGUCCCAACAACUAUAGAAGGCAGCAGUUUGCUGGUGGUUGUUUUGGAUCACAUAGACUCAAUGAUUGAUGAGUUGUAUCCAGGGCUUUCAGGCAGUGAUAUUUAUGGGAAUCCUCUUGUCAAGAGAACAGCACCUUGCCCCCUUUGCAGUGGAAAUGAUGUACACAAUUAUGACAUUCUUGAACUGAUAGCCAUGUCAUCAAAAGACAAUGUCAUUAAUAUUGAGUGUCCUGUUCACAAGGGUUUGGUUUCUUUGCUUCAACUGGCUCCUGAUGUUGUUCUGGGGGACAUGGACGAGGCCGUGUGCAAAAGAUUUGAUUUUGACAAAAGCUCAAAACAUCUUCUUGGAGAUGGGUCAUUUGGAUCAGUUUAUAAAGCUAAGUAUAAAAAUGAGGCUGUAGCUGUGAAGGUGUUUAAAUUGCCUGUUAAUGUUAUUGGUAGUGUAAACCCGCAUUACCAAUUGAGACAAGAGGUGAAUGUGCUGAGAUAUCAUCAUCCCAGUAUUGUAAGUUUGAAGGCUGUAACUUUGAAACCCAAUCACAUGUUAUUGCUUGAGUUUGCCCCUCAUGGAACCUUGCGGAGCUACAUGAAGACUAAUCCAAGGUUGACUCGGCAAUUGAAGCACAGGAUUGCUCUUCAGGUGGCUGACGGUUUAGCUUUCCUUCAUGUAAAGAAGAUUAUCUACAGAGAUCUAAAAAGUGAUAACAUUCUUUUAUUUUCAGUAAAUCCAAAUGUUUCUGCGACGAAUGUGAAAUUAGCAGAUUUUGGGAUUGCCUGUUUUGCAACUCCAACAGGAGUAGUUGAUUCAAAAGGAAGUCCUGGUCAUCGGGCACCAGAAGUUAUUAGAUACCAGCCAUAUGGAUUAUCAGCUGAUAUUUAUUCCUUGGGAUUGUUUCUGUUUGAAUUGGUUACAAAUGGGCUCAAACUCUUUUCUAAUUGCACCACUAAUCCCAGUGGAAUUGAUGAACAGAUAAAUCAGAAGAGUGACUCUAUUCCGGGAAGUGCCAUUACAGACAUAAUGAAGUUUGGACAGCCCAAUUGGCAAGACAUGCAAGACCUUAUCAAUUGUUGUUUGCAAGCAAGAGCUGAAAACCGACCAAAUGCAGAGAGGGUUGUUGAAAGGCUAAACAAAGUGGAAUUUCUCUGUCUCAAGAAUGUGGUCAGGGUUACAUCUGGAACAAAUGUUGAGGCAAUUGCUGUGAAGAAAAUUCAAAGUAGCUCUGAAAGAAGGGAAUUGGAAGUGUGGACAGGAAGCGGAGGACCAGCAGGCCAGUUGUGCAGAGUCACAUUAUCUAACAGUAGAUCUCAGGCAACUAGAUUUGAUGUGGGCAACAAGAGUCGUGUUUUGUCUUUACUGGUUGUACAUGAGACAUUAGUUCUCGCGGGCACAGAGUCAAAAAGGAUUUGGGUAUAUAAAAACGGAAAUGACUCAAGUGAUGUAUAUGACAUCCAGCUACCAGCUGCGGUGCUUUGUCUUCUCCACUUUGCUGAUUCAAGUCAAUAUCAAGUUGAUGGCAGUGUUGACUAUGUGCUGGCUGGUUUAGCAAAUGGUCAGAUUGCUGUGUUUAAUACCGAUACAGUGUAUAACAAGGUGGAGGAACCAAAAAUUUGGAUUCGUUUGGGAUUCCAGCCUGUUCGUUGCAUGUGCUAUGCCAAAAAGAAACUUUGGUUUGGUCACGGAACCCAAGUCGUCGUUUACAGAAAUACAAAUCUGAAACAAGAGGAGAGACGCUGGACUGCAAACAAGGAUCUUUGUUAUCAUGUUGCUCAUGUUGUUGUAAGCCCAAAGAAUGUGUGGACUACAACCAAGCGCAGUCCAAUACUACGUCAGUGGGAUCUCAAAAAAGAGAAAGUACGAAGAGAAAUCAACUGCUCUGACUAUCUGAAAGCACAGUCUAGGUCAGUUUACCAUGAUGAUUGCAUUUAUCAGAAUCGAAUCACUUCAUUGUUGCUGGUAACAAGUGAAGCUUUGUGGGCUGGAACAGGAUCAGGACAUAUUCUUGUAAUCAACCCACUAAACUGUAGUGUUUUGCUUUGGAUGCAUCACAGUACAAAUCCAGUACGUGCCAUGAUAGUAGCCACACUAGAAGAUGACACCAAACCCUUGCAGUUGGUGCUAACGGGAUGCCAGGGGUUUAGGAUCCAAUCGCAAAAUGAUGACGAUAGCAAUUCACCGAGACUUGAUUGCACUAAUGGAUUCGUACUCAUGUGGGAGCGAGACUUGCACAAGCAAGAGCAAACGUUGGACAGUUACAGAAAGAAGCGCCAAGCGCUUCUCAAGAAGUGCCAACUUCGUGAUGAGUAACAAACGUGGAUUAGCUUUUAUUGAAAUGGCAAUUUAUACCUUGAUAUCUGUGUCGUCUUUUUCACAAAAUAAGUAAUUAGAUGGUUAAAAGUCAAACUUAUUUGUAUCGUUUGUUUUCUGUACAUGUUGCCACAUUAUUUGCUCAUUACCAAACUUGUAAAUGAUACUUGUA